AGAGCUCGCGGGCUGGAGCGCACUCUGCCAUGAACUUCGGAGCGUAACUUUGACGGUUUUUUCCGGGCUGGAAAACUAUUAAGAGAUAUAUUAUUUUUCUUUAGCGCAACAAACAGCACUGGGAGAAUUUAGUUGCAUAUAUUCGGAUCCCCCUCCCCCACCCCAUCCCACAUUUAAACCAGCAUGUCGUCGGCGGCGGUCGCUGCCUCGCGCAGGCAGUCGUGUUAUUUGUGCGAUUUGCCCCGCAUGCCGUGGGCGAUGAUAUGGGAUUUUACCGAACCCGUGUGCCGCGGAUGCGUCAACUACGAGGGAGCGGACCGGAUCGAGUUUGUCAUCGAGACUGCCCGACAGCUGAAGCGGGCGCACGGCUUCCAGGAGGGCAGAUCCCCAGGACCCGUGGGCAAACCGGUGAACCACACGGAUCCGGGCUCGCGUCCGCCGCACCCGCUGGAUCGGUACCCGCUCGCUUCAGACAGACCCCCCAGAUUGGGUCCGGAGUAUCAGUCGGGCGGACGGCAUGCGAACGGGAUCCCGGUACCAAACGGCUUCCCGAAGCCCGACGAACCCCCUGAGCUGAACCGCCAGAGCCCGAACCCGCGCAGGACCGGCGCCGUGCCGCCCAAUCUGGUGCCGCUUGUCAACGGGACGCUGCCGCCGGUGCACGCGCUCAACGGUAGACCCGUGCAGAUGGGGAUCCCCCCGGGCGUGUUAACAGCGGAGCAUGUGGGCAAGAGAGGGGACGACAUGAAAGACAAACAUGACGCGAGCGACGGACACAAACGCGUCGAGGACUGGACGCAGAAAGGGAAGAUGUUUCGAGACAUGAUGGCGCAGCAGACGCUCGACCCGCGCUUCAAGAAGGAGCAUUUAGUGUUGCAGCACCGCAUGGGUUACGAGAGCUCCAGUGCCUUAAAAACAGACCGAGCUAAGCACACUCGGGGCAUUAAAAGGAAACCCUCUCCUGAGCCAGAUGGGGAGGGCAACGCCACCAAGCUCAAAGCCGAGGGUCAGCAGUGGUUACCGUCUUCGUCUGACGUGCUGAAGAUGCCCUCCGCGGCCCCGCCGGGAUUUGCGGCCCCUCCUCCUUCGACUAUCUCCCCGCACUCGCGCACAACCCCGCCUGAGGCGGCCACUGCCAUGCAGAGCAGGCAGUCACCCAUGGCCGCCCUAAUCUUGGCUGCUGAUAAUGCAGGCGCUGGCACCGGCUCGCCCAAAGACGGCAACCAGGUGCACUCUACUACGACAAUGGCCGCGGGGCGACGAAACAGCGGAAGUCCUCAGUCGCGGCUCGCCCAUAGGGACAGUCUGGGGGUGUCGGGCACAGCUGGUAUGGCGACGGUGCAUGUGCCAGUCAUGGACUCGCAGGGCGGGCAUGCCCAGAGCAUUCCGGAUUCCUCUGUGCCCCCUGGGAGCGUGCCGUUGUGUUGCACCCUGUGUCACGAACGCCUCGAGGACACGCAUUUCGUCCAGUGCCCGUCGGUGCCGUCGCACAAGUUCUGUUUCCCGUGCUCCAGAGAGAGCAUCAAACAGCAGGGGGCAACAGGUGAGGUGUACUGCCCCAGUGGGGAAAAAUGCCCGCUGGUGGGUUCAAACGUACCCUGGGCGUUCAUGCAGGGCGAAAUAGCCACCAUUCUGGCUGGGGACGUAAAAGUGAAAAAGGAACGGGACCCUUGAUCUUUUUUUUUU